AUGAGUGGCCGAGAGGAAGGUAACCUCUAUAAAAAAUCCCCCAACCCUAAGGUCGAGCGUGCCGACGGGGGAAGGCGUGGUAGACGAGGGCGCUUAGCACUCUCUGGUGAUGGAGGUGAGUCUGAUGGCUCGCAAUUGUCACUCGUAUCAGCUACAUCAGAAGAUAAUCGUAAGAGGAAGGUUAAGGCUCCGAGUGUUAAGGCUGUGGCUGCUAAGUACAAGGCGGUAGCAGCCUCUGCCUCGGUAACAGCGACUGAAGGGGAAGAGCUAGCCACUGAGAUUGACACGGAAGAGGAUCUCGACGAUCUUUCAUCGUCAUUAUCGAGGUCCAAACCAAAAAUGACUCUACCCAGCACGGAAGAGUUAGCACUGGAGUUUCGUUCUCAAUCAGGCGCAGUAAUUGAGGACCAUAUUGACCAACAUCUACAGGCCAUUGAGGAGGUAGCGGACAGAUCCCGAAAUUUAAAGGGAAGCUUCGCCCAGGGAUUAAGGUUGGCCGUGCGACAGCUCAAAGCGGCCGCCGGCGAACUUGCUAGGAGGUCAGCGGCCGAUGAUGUUAUCGCAAGGCUGGAGAAAGAAAAUGCUAAAUUGCGUUCGGCCCUCUCAAGCCUAAGCAUAAGAACAGAAAAACUAACGGAAGAAAUAAAGCGUUUCCGCGAGCAGUCCCAUUCAGACUUUACUAACGUACCUGGAAAGUCAACGCGAGUUACAAAGCACUCUCGUGAACAGAAAACC